CUGAAGUACGGCUUGCCCAGCAGUGAGGGCCUGCGCUUCUUCAAGAACUUUGUGCUGUCAUUUGAUUCGCGCACUCGCAACCCUCGCUGGGUGCUGGAACACAUCACUCGUGCCCAGACCCAAGGCGAGGGAAACAGGAAGAAUGUGGAGUUUUAUGAGGACAAGAGUUUGGAUCAGCGCUUCCGCAGCCGCCUGUCUGAUUUCAAGGAGUCGGGAUUUGACAGAGGCCACAUGGCGCCCGCUGCAAACCACAAGGAGACAGCAGACACGAUGCUGGAAACCUUUGUGCUGAGCAACACAUCUCCCCAGGUCGGCAGGGGCUUCAACAGGGACUACUGGGCGCGCUUUGAGCGCUUUGUGAACCUGCUGACUCGCACAUGCGAUGACGUGUACGUGGUGACUGGACCCCUGUUCCUGCCGUCCAAGACUCCGCUGGGCUACUUCAUGCAGCACCCCAUGAUAGGGCAGCCCCCGCGGAUGGUGGCAGUGCCCACCCACUUCUUCAAGGUGGUCCUGGCAGAGAGGGCAACUGCCACCCCUGAUGAAGGCAGCGGCACUGAGGCCAUCAUGGGCGCGUUUGUGCUGCCAAACGCUCUCCUGCAGGCCGACGUGCCCCUCACCGCCUUCUCUGUCCCCCUGGAGGCCCUAGAAGAGGCUGCUGGU